AUGGAGGAGGAGGAGGCUGUACUGUCUCCCAGGGCUAACAGCACUGAGUGCAGCGUCGGGGCUAACUGGACAGGCUCCCCCGUGUGUUGGCUGCAAGUGUCUGGGGGUGGCCCAGAGGUAGUGAUUGUGCCUGUGCUCUUCGGGCUGAUCUUCCUGCUGGGCAUGGUGGGGAACACACUGGUGUUAGUGGUGCUGGGGCGAAUCCGAUCCGGGGGACGCCCUUCACGCAGCGCCACCAACAUCUUCAUCCUCAACUUGAGCAUCGCCGAUUUCUCAUUCCUGCUCUUCUGCGUCCCCUUCCAAGCCACCAUCUACUCCCUGCCAGAGUGGGUCUUCGGCGCCUUCUUCUGCAAGUGGGUUCAUUACCUGGCCAUGGCCUCCAUGCUCGUCAGCAUCUUCACCCUAGUGGCCAUGUCUGUGGACAGAUACAUCGCCGUGGUGCACGCCAAGCGCUCGCCCUGCAUCCGCAGCAAACGCAAUGCCUCCCUGGGUGUGGGCAUCAUCUGGCUGCUGUCGCUGCUCAUUGCCAUCCCCGUGGCCCAGCACCAGGCCCUCAUGAGUGGCCACCAGCAGGCACCCAACAGCUCCUUCUGCUGGGAGCAGUGGGCUGAUGAUUCAGCUGCCAAGCAAACCUACAAGGUGACCAUCCUGGUGAUGGGGUACCUGCUGCCCCUGGUGCUCAUUACCUGCUGCUAUGCCAAGGUUUUAUACCAUCUUCAUAAAAAAGUGAAGAACAUUUCCAAGAAGUCGGAGAGAUCAAAGAAAAAGACAGCGCAGACAGUGCUACUCGUGGUUGCUGUAUUCUUGAUUUCCUGGCUGCCGCACCACAUCAUCACCAUGUGGGCAGAGUUUGGUCAGUUUCCCCUGAACAACAUCUCCUUCACUUUUCGCAUCAUCUCUCACUGCUUAGCCUACGGGAACUCUUGCAUUAACCCCAUCAUCUAUGCUUUCCUCUCGGAGAACUUCCGCAAAGCCUGCCGGCAAGUCUUCACCUGCAAGUUCCUCCUGCAGCCAGCUCCGGCUGAGAAGCUUGUGAGAAUACGCAUGGAGAACUUUUCUACCACCCACUCAACGACUAAUGUGUGACCUGGGCAUAAAAAAUGAAAAUACAUUUCAGUAGAAUCUACUGGAAAAACAGAAGAUGGGGAGAGUAAGGGGGGCCCCACUUGUAUAGAUAUGAUUAUGGAGCAGAGUGCCUCAAGAGUGACUCAUUCAUCAUGUCAAUGGAAUCAUGAGCCAUUCCUUAAUGCAGCUGUUAGCAUACUUCACACAGGAACAGCUGGUCCAGUUGUAGCCUGCUAACCACUAGAUUCUAUACAGCAGCGGUGCUCAGACACACCACACAAGCUCCUAAAUACUUCCAGAUUCACACAAAGAGGCUGAGGCAUAAGUUUAGAUGGAAGGUGGAGUUUUAUCUGAUAAGAAAAUAAUCCAGUUCUGUGUCCUUCAAAGAGCAGUCAAACUGAUGGGGCUGAAUACAAACCGGGGUAUGGUUUAUUUUGGAGCGAUUGCUUGAAGUAGUUAGGAAAAUGUCUUGUUGCAAAGUCUCUAAUGUUACUGUUGUAUCUUAAAUCACAUCUGGAUGUCAGUGUUUCUAGUGUAUGUGAACUGGAUUUAUUUUUAAUUAAUUUGCUGUGAUUGGGUCUCCAUUCUUCAUGACAGGUUUUCCUAGCCCUCUUUGCCAGAGUAAAAGAGCUCAGUGCAUUCAUGUAACUGACCAAAGUCACAAAUUAUGUCUCAGAGG